AUGGGUGCAAGGGGAGAAGAACCCGGCCAGUCGAUGACGAUCAUGACCACUCAGAGCUCUGCAAGACCCAACAUUGGAGAUCAGGCUGCUCGAUGUCGCAAGAUUGGUCAACUUUUAGACAUCAUCUACCAGACUGUGCCUGGUGCUGAAGCAUUCCGUCAGGAGAAACCGAAAUUCGAUUGGCACAUUCUUCUGCAAGAGACGGAGGGCAUGCGUAAUGAGAAGCGAUGGACAGUGGUCGCUAGGACUGAUUCAGCCGAAUAUGGAAAUUGGUAUGCCCGCAAUGUCCAGGACGGCACAGCAAAGACUGCCAAGGUCGAGGUACACGUCCUUGUUGGAGAGGCCGAAGACGGUGUUACUGCUGAGGGACAAGGGAAUUAUCUGGAGGAGUUGCAAGAGAUGGGCAAGGGCAACAUGGGGCAUGCACGUCGUCUCACCUCUCCUUAUCGACAACUCAAAAAGCAGGUCCAAGGCCAGAGAACAAUGCUUGGUGGACCAGUGUCGGGGUCUCGCCGCUUCGAGGACGUCCGUCUUGAUGAGAUUAGGGAGGCAAUUAUCGACAAGUGCUGCAAUGCCAAAUACUAUGAGGAGGCUCCAAGCACCCAUGACUGGUUGCCGCUACGCGUUGGGCGGGGCAAGAGACGACGGGGCAAGCAUCGCCCCACCAAAUAUAAGAAGAUGCGUGGUCGCCGAAGCAAGCGAGCUCGUACAGACGACGGUGCUCAGGAUACCAUGAACGUUGACGAAGAGGAUGGUCGUCCCGUCGGCAACGAUGACGAGUGGGAAGACCAGGAUGACGAGGAGCUAGAGUCGAACACCGCUCAUAAGGCUCGGCAGGCCUCUGGAUCCAACUCGAGCGAAGCAUCCGAUGACGAUGGUGCAGAUGCUGGUCUAUCCGAGGCCAAUCUCGAUCGUCCACUUGUCAUUCGAGGCCGGCGUCAAGCAAACAACGGCAAUGAGGACGGAGCACCAUCAGGGUCGGACGUCGGUGGAGCUGGCAUGCAGCAGGAGCGCUACUGGUCGGUCGAUAUGGUCGUAGGCAAACGUCGUCGGUGA